UUACUAAUAGUUAUUAUGCUUUUAAUAGUCCUAUUAAAAGUAGUGUAAUAUGUGUCUACAAUCUGAAUUCUCAACUAAAGAAAAAGAUAUCCAAAAAAGACUUUGAUUGUUUAUCAGAAAAAUUAUCCAUUCCUGUCAACGAUUCUAAUUCUUUAUAUGUAAAGGACUAUAUUGAUAAUAUUUUAACUUGGUAUACUGAUCAAAAUACUGCACUAUUAUGCA